AUGGUUCAGUUUUCGGAGGAAACCAAAGCUACACCUAUAGUGAACCAAGACCGCAUCUCUUCAAGGAGUAUUAUCGGAUCCCAUAGCGCUACAGCCAAAGAAGUACCCACCAUCCAUUUAAAGUUAUCGCUUCUGCUAUAUUCAUUGGCUUCGGGCAAACUUGGUAAUAUACACGUCUACAGGGUAACUCUCUUCGAAUCGUCCGUGAAAUCGCCCGGCGCGAGGGAGGGAUUCCCGCAUUCUAUCGCGGCCUCACACCGAAUGUUGUCGGGAACUCUCAAUCUCAAGGAUGCAUUGCGCAGGUUGUAUGGCCGUGAGGAUGGCUUGGGUAACUUGGAUUAUUUUGUCGCGUCGGGAACUGCUGCUAACAAUGCCUAUCUCAAAGGAGCUCUUACCGCAAUCCUGACUAACCCCAUAUGGGUGAUAAAAACCCGGAUGCUUUCUACGGGCGCCGGCGUGGCCGGAGCGUACCCUUCGAUGACACAUGGUAUCCGUCAAAUAUACCAGUCGGAAGGCCUUACUGGAUUCUACCGAGGGAUGAUACCUGCAUUGCUAGGAGUUGGACAUGGUGCAUUACAAUUUAUGGCCUACGAGCAGCUGAAGCGAUAUCGUUCGCUGAUGGUUUCGUCUGACCUAACAGCAUCUGAUUCUGGGGCCGGCAAGCUCAGCAACACGGAUUACUUGGCCUUGUCUGGUCUAUCGAAGGUGUUUGCGGGAAGCGUCACUUAUCCUUAUCAGGUUUUGAGAGCCCGCCUCCAGACCUAUGACGCUGCGGGCACAUAUCGUGGAUUUAUAGACGUGAUAUCUCAAAUUUGGCGUCGAGAAGGCCUAACAGGAUUCUACAAAGGACUCGGACCCAAUCUCUUCCGGGUUCUGCCUAGCACAUGGGUAACGUUUUUGGUUUAUGAGAAUAUGAGGGAAUACUGCCUACACCUGUGA